UGUAUUUAUAAUAGAAGCGUCUUUUUACCAAAUUCGAAAAUUUUGUCUCAUCCCUUAUGAAUCUUGAGUUUUUCUCCAACUGACAGUCGAUUAUUCGGAUGCCACAAUCUGUACAACACUGAACGCCGUGUUUCAGUUCCAAAAUCUAGAUGUAUUGCUUGUAAUUCUUGGAAUCCCAAGUUUGUCCCGCACUGUGGGGCUCUCUUUUGAUCUCUUUUUCUUCACUAUUUCACAAUUUGGAGCCGAUCUCUUGACGGGUUUUCCCUACUGAUCACCCCAUUGUUGAAUUCCUCGGAUUCUCAGAAGAAGUCAGCUGUUGGUAUUGCUUCAUUGCCUUAUCGUCAUUCGGGAAAAGAUCCAUUUUUUAAGGUUCUUGAAGCUCACUUCUUAUAUUUGGUUCAUCAUUUCCUAUUCUUGUCCAAGAGGUUGGGGGAAAAGAAUCAAUCUUUUUCCGCUUUGAAUUUAACUGGUGGUAGCAUCAGUAGCAUAUGGCGGCUUCUUACAGGAAAGCCCGAGGAAAAGAUGCGGCUUUACGCCGUUUAAUUCUGAGUGUUGCGUUGGGAGUUGUUUUAUUGGUGUUACUGCUGAGUAUAAAUGCCCUCAUAGAAUCACUUACCAGUAUUUCAAGUGAGACUGGUGAAAGGCCUGGAGUUAGACAUUAUAACUACAGUUUUGAUGUCAAGAACUUGAAGCUUCCCAAACAGAAUGAGCUUUCGGUUUGGUUAGAGAAACGUAAUAGGAUGUCUCCAAGGAACUUAGAUUUGUAUCCCAAUCUAGCAGAGGAUCAUAUAGUCAUUGUGUUGUAUGUUCAUAACCGGCCCCAGUACCUUCGAGUGGCUUUGGAUAGCCUUUCCCUUGUAGCUGGAAUAAACGAAACUCUACUUAUCGUUAGUCAUGAUGGUUACUUUGAACGGAUGAAUAAGAUUGUAGAGAGCAUCAAGUUCUGCCAAGUGAAACAAAUAUUUGCACCUUAUUCCCCUCAUAUAUUUAGUAAUAGCUUUCCUGGAAUUUCACCAUUUGAUUGCAAGGAUAAAGAUGAUCCUACUAAGGUGAAAUGUGAAGGAACUCGAGAUCAGUAUGGGAACAACCGGUCGCCAAAGAUUGCGUCGUUGAAGCAUCAUUGGUGGUGGAUGAUGAAUACGGUGUGGGAUGGGUUGAAGGAGACGAGGCAGCACUCUGGUCAUAUUCUCUUCAUAGAAGAGGACCACUUCAUCUAUCCUAAUGCAUAUCGUAACCUGCAGUCACUUACGGAGCUGAAGCCUGAAAAAUGUCCAGAAUGCUAUGCUGCAAACCUGGCACCAUCUGAUGUGAAAUCAAAGGGAGAAGGGUGGGAGGCUCUGGUAGCGGAGAGGAUAGGAAAUGUGGGAUAUGCGUUUAAUCGUACUGUGUGGAGAAUGAUACAUAGGAAUGCUAGACAAUUUUGUUUGUUUGAUGAUUACAACUGGGACAUAACAAUGUGGGCCACAGUUUAUCCUUCAUUUGGGGAACCUGUUUACACAUUACGAGCACCUAGAACAAGUGCUGUUCACUUUGGCAAGUGUGGUUUGCAUCAAGGUCAGGAUGAGGAGGAGGCAUGUAUCGAUGAGGGUGGUCUGAGUUUAGAAUUGGAAGACAUUGAUAGAGUUCCCAAUGUUAAAUCAGUAUGGAAAGUAUAUCAACACAAGCGCCAAGAAGGUUAUAGAGCUGGCUUUAAGGGUUGGGGAGGCUGGGGAGAUAUCAGAGACCAUAAGCUAUGUCUGACUUUUGCCAACAUGUAUGGAGCUUCAAUCUAGACGUAAUAUCUGAUCAUAAAGAUUAGAUGCCAUUACAAUUUUCACUUUCUUUAUGCAAUAGAGAAGAUUCAUUAUUCUUUCGCACUUAUGCUGUAAGAAAUAAAAGAUUUUGCUUUGUUACCAAUUCCAUAAUCCUAAACAUAUAACCGUUACUCUUUGUAUGUACUUUUAGUCCCUCUUAUGUUCUUAAUGUUACCCCUGAGCAGGCUUUGUAAUGUGGUAGGUACUCAUAUGAAAC